GAACAACCUUCUAUCGCCACCACGAACAACCUUUGACUCAAGAGACAAUAUCUUCAUUAUAAAUUCCUGUUUCCUGAGUCUACAAUCAUGCUUCUUCGUCGUCUCGUCCGCUGCAUAUCCCCGAUCCCACGUACAGGCAUCAGAAUGGCUUCUACUGUUGUAGGCAGAUCGGGCCGUGAAUACAUCCAGCGCGAAGUGCUCGUGGAGCGCAAAGAUCCUCGAUUGAACAUCUUCAAAGCCGUAUCCCAUGAUCAGCCUUUCGUCUUCAAGCGUGUCCCCGAAACAAUCUAUGACAUGUCCUUACGCCUCGCAGCCGAUCUUUCCGGGUCCCGUCGGCUUCGUAUGCAUGUUGACUCUAACGAUGAAGAAAAACUUCUAAUCUAUCCAUACUACCAGAAUACCCUGCUUAAACUGCUUCAAGAGGAUCCAGAGGUCUCUGUUGCGGCACGGAAGGAAGUCUUGCGGCAGACAGCAAAAGCCAUACAAGAGCUACAUAGCAAGGACUGGAUUCAUAUCGAUAUUAAGCCCGACAAUAUACUGGUCAACUGGACUUGCGAUGAAGAGGGUACCAAGACAAUCACAGAUGUCGCUUUGGGUGACUUCGACGUUGCUUGGGAGUGUCCGACAAACGCGGUGAUUACCGGCCCUCAUGCAGUAGGAAACCACAUGUGGCGCAGUCCAGAAGCACAGACUGGGAGAGGUAUGUCCAAGGCAUCAGACGUACUCUCGUUCGGACUGGUUUGCAUCUAUACCCUAGGGCAAGAGGACGCGAUACUUAUACACAAAGACAGCGAGGUCGUCAAGAAAAACAUGUACUCAGAGCAAAGAGUAUUACUGAGACAUUUCACGUUCUUUGGGCCACCGAACGAAAGGCUUUUCAACUGGAUCGACGACGAAAAUUGGACGAAGGUUUUGGAGAAAAUGAAUGAAUUGGCUGAGGCGGAUUUGGAAGAGAGGCCAAUUAUGGGCUUUGAGGUGUGGGGACACUUGCUUGGCUCUGACGCACAGAAUAUGAUCUCUGGAACGACUAAGAUCGACCUGGGGGCUAGGUCAACAAUAGACGAGGUUUUGGCGCAUCCGUGGUGGCAGGAGUCUGUCUGACAGACAGCCAAUCUGGCGAGAAGGCUUUCGUCGUAUGUAGGAUGGGGGUCACUCCUAAAGUCUCGAUUGAUCUUCGGUUUGCAACAGCUGAAUCCUUAAUGCAUCCAAGAAUUGUGGCGUCGAAUCGUGGGCAGGCCCCCACCUCAGCUUCAGCGCCUCUUGUAUCGCUAAAACCUAAAC